ACCCGCUCGCCUGUCGCCGCCGCUGCCGCCGCCGCCACCGCGAACCGCGCCGGGAAAAGGUGCCGGGAACCAAGCGAGCCGGGGCCGCGGGCCCGAGCGCCAUGGGCCCGAGGGUGGGCGGCGGGUGGCCGGUCAUCCCCGGGCCUCGCCCCCGCGGGAGAGCGGCCUGGAGUCGGCGGGGGCCGGCCGGGCUCUCAGGGAGGCCGGCCCGCGCCCCCUGAGCUACGGACACCAGGGUGCUCACCAUGGCCCCGCCGCUCCUGCUGCUGCUGCUGGCCAGUGGAGCGGCCGCCUGCCCACUGCCCUGCGUCUGCCAGAACCUGUCUGAGUCGCUCAGCACCCUUUGUGCCCACCGAGGCCUGCUGUUUGUGCCACCCAACGUGGACCGGCGCACAGUGGAACUGCGGCUGGCAGACAACUUCAUCCAGGCCCUGGGCCCCCCUGACUUCCGCAACAUGACGGGGCUGGUGGACCUGACGCUGUCUCGCAAUGCCAUCACCCGCAUUGGGGCCCGAGCUUUUGGGGACCUCGAGAGCUUGCGCUCCCUGCACCUGGACGGCAACAGGCUGGUGGAGCUGGGCACUGGCAGCCUUCGGGGCCCCGUCAACCUACAGCACCUCAUCCUCAGUGGCAACCAGCUGGGCCGCAUUGCGCCGGGGGCCUUUGACGACUUCCUGGAGAGCCUGGAGGACCUGGACCUGUCCUACAACAAUCUCCGGCAGGUGCCCUGGGCCGGCAUCGGCGCCAUGCCCGCCCUGCACACCCUCAACCUGGAUCAUAACCUCAUCGACGCACUGCCCCCAGGAGCCUUUGCUCAGCUUGGUCAGCUCUCCCGCCUGGACCUCACCUCCAAUCGCCUGGCCACGCUGGCUCCGGACCCGCUCUUCUCUCGUGGGCGUGACGCCGAGGCCUCGCCCACCCCCCUGGUGCUGAGCUUCAGCGGGAACCCCCUGCAUUGCAACUGCGAACUGCUGUGGCUGCGGCGGCUGGCACGGCCAGACGACCUGGAGACCUGCGCCUCCCCACCUGGCCUGGCCGGCCGCUACUUCUGGGCAGUGCCUGAGGGCGAGUUCUCCUGUGAGCCACCCCUCAUUGCCCGCCACACGCAGCGCCUCUGGGUGCUGGAAGGCCAGCGGGCCAUGCUGCGGUGCCGGGCCCUGGGUGACCCUGCGCCCACCAUGCACUGGGUCGGUCCUGACGAUCGGUUGGUUGGCAAUUCCUCCCGAGCUCGGGCUUUCCCCAAUGGGACCUUGGAGAUUGGGGUGACAGGAGCUGGGGACGCCGGGGGCUACACCUGCAUUGCCACCAACCCUGCUGGUGAAGCCACAGCCCGAGUAGAGCUGCGGGUGCUGGCCUUGCCCCAUGGUGGGAACACCAGUGCUGAGGGGGGCCGCCCCGGGCCCUCGGACAUCGCUGCCUCAGCUCGCACUGCUGCCGAGGGUGAGGGGACGCUGGAGUCGGAGCCAGCCGUGCAGGUGACAGAGGUGACUGCCACCUCAGGGCUGGUGAGCUGGGGUCCCGGGCGGCCAGCCGACCCCGUGUGGAUGUUCCAAAUCCAGUACAACAGCAGUGAGGAUGAGACCCUUAUCUACCGGAUCGUCCCAGCCUCCAGCCACCACUUCCUGCUGAAGCACCUGGUCCCUGGCGCUGACUAUGACCUCUGCCUGCUGGCCUUGUCACCAGCCGCUGGGCCCUCCGACCUCACGGCCACCAGGCUGCUGGGCUGUGCCCACUUCUCCACGCUGCCCGCCACGCCCCUGUGCCACGCCCUGCAGGCCCACGUGCUGGGCGGGACCCUGACUGUGGCCGUGGGGGGUGUGCUGGUGGCUGCCUUACUGGUCUUCACUGUGGCCUUGCUGGUUCGGGGCCGGGGGGCUGGGAAUGGCCGCCUCCCCCUCAAGCUCAGCCAUGUCCAGUCCCAGACCAAUGGAGGCCCCAGCCCCACGCCCAAGGCCCACCCACCACGGAGCCCCCCGCCCCGGCCCCAGCGCAGCUGCUCCCUGGACCUGGGAGACACCGGCGGGUGCUACGGUUAUGCCAGGCGCCUGGGAGGAGCCUGGGCCCGACGGAGCCACUCUGUGCACGGGGGGCUGCUCGGGGCAGGGUGCCGGGGGAUGGGGGGCAGCGCCGAGCGGCUAGAAGAGAGUGUGGUGUGAUGGAGGGGGGGCAGCUUCCCUUAUGCUCCAAGGGACCAGCUUCGUGGGGCAGAGGGCCCGGGGCAGCCACCUGGCCUGGGGGUCCCUCCCUGGUUUUUAUUCUCGGUACCUCAGGCUCCCCUGUGUAUAUGGUGGGACAGGGAGCCCUUUCCUUGGUUCUGGCCUCCAGACCAGGGUAAGGGGCAGGUCCCUCCAUCAGGUGCUCACAGCCACCAAGGCAGGGGCUGCAGCCACCAAGCGGGAGUCUUGUUUUUAUUUAUAAUAAAAUUGUUGAGGACACCUCA